AUGAUCAUUGGCGAACCGAUUUUGAGCAUGGGUACGAAGCAUUGGGAGAAUGUGGAAAGUUGUACGUUUCAAGUUUCCGACUAUCAGAUUCCGCCAAGGUACUUGUAUGGAUUCCAGGUAGUGAAUAUAGAGACUAUGAAUUGCUCGGCGUUGAAGGAGAUGAUUUAUACAUACAUCUGCAACGACUCUCGCGACCAUGACAUUGAGAUCAAUUUCAAUGUAGAUUUUGAAAAAGACUAUCUACUAGAGCGUUUGUUCGAUCAACCACGGGAGCCCGAGAGAUAUGUGGGAAUUUUCGAUGAUGGUAAAGUAUUCUAUGGCCAUGUCGCGGGGACUGGAGUCAAUAUUGAGAUUUUUGAGCCAGAUUUGAUGCUUUCAAUGGAUAUUUUUGAGAAUGAGGGUUCGAUCAUUUUGAGAGAGGAGGUUAUGGAGUUGGAGGAGGAAGAGGAGGACGAUGAAGAAGAGGAUUCUGACGACGAGUAG